CGUCCGCUCCGUCCGUCCGUCUGUCGGUCCGUCCGUCCAGCCGGCGGGAUGAGCAUCGCUCGGCUGCUUCUCCUGCUGCUGCUGCCAGCGCCGGGCUCCGGGGAGGAGGACGUCGAGGUGAUCUGCGCCGGUACCGCUUGUUAUACCUUGCACCGAGCCGAACUGAGCUGGAGCGCGGCCCAGGAGCGGUGCCGGAACAACGGAGGCAACCUGGCUCCGGUUCGCAGCCCCGCCGAGGCCCGGAGCCUGCAGGAGCUGAUGGCGGCCGCCGGCCGGCCCGGCCCGGCUUGGAUCGGGCUGUGGCUCUCCCGAGGUCGGUGCGUGCAGCCGCAGGAGCCUUUGCGGGGUUUCUCCUGGGCUGGCGGAGGAGAAGCCGGGAAUUACACGGCGUGGCUGUCGGAGCCCGCGGUCACCUGCCUCAGCUCCCGCUGCGUGGGUCUGCAGCCCGACGGACCCUCCGGCCUGGGAGUUUGGGCUGACCGGCCCUGCCGGGGCCCCCUGCCCGCCUUCCUCUGCAAGUUCAUCUUCCGGGGGAUGUGCGGGCCGCUGCCGCUGCCGGGGCCCGGCCGGGUCUCCUACACCACCCCCUUCGGGGUCCGCAGCCCCUCGCUGGCAGCCGCCCCCUUCGGCACGCUGGCCGAGGCCGACUGCCAGGAGAACAGCGCUUCCUCCUCCUUCGCUGUCUGCAAAGGGCCCCUGGAGGACGGGGGCUUCGCCUGGGACCCCCCCGGCCCCUUCUGCCCCGCCACCUGCUCCCACCGCAACGGGGGCUGCCAGCACCGCUGCCUGCAGGAGCCGGGAGAGCCCCGGCGCUGCGAUUGUCACCCCGGCUACACCCUGGCUCCCGACAUGGUCUCCUGCCUGCCCCGAGACGCCUGUCACCCCAACCCCUGCCCGGGGACCUGCCGGACGCUGCCCGACGGCUUCCAGUGCGGCUGCCAGGACGGCUACACCUUGGCUUCCGACGGCCGGAGCUGCGUGGAUGUGGACGAGUGCCUGUCCGGGCCCUGCCAGCACGAGUGCCAGAACACGCUCGGCAGCUUCGUCUGCCUCUGCCGGCCCGGCUACCGGCCAGCGGGGCCCGGUAGCCACCAGUGCCGCGAUGAGGAUGAAUGUGCCCGGCCCGACGCCUGCCCCCAGCUCUGCCUCAACGUCCCCGGUUCCUUCCGCUGCGCCUGCAGGCACGGCUACCACCGCAGCGGCGAUUCCUGCCUGGAUGUGGAUGAGUGCCUGCGGGAUCCCUGCCCCGGGCCCUGCCACAACUUCCCCGGCGGCUUCGAGUGCGUCUGUCCUGCCGGGCUCCUUCCAGAGGAGGACGGACGGGGCUGCCGUGCUGCACCCACCGCCGGAGAGGAGCCUGCGGGGCACCCCAGCGGCACCCCGGGCAUCUCCCGGACCACGGGCAUCCUCCAGACCACGGGUGCCCCACGGACCACGGGCGUCCUCCCCCGGACCACGGGCAUUCCCCAGACCCUGGGCAUCCCUUUCGGGGUGACACCGCCGGCCCCCACGGCAGCAGGGUCAGCUCCUGGCCCUGAGCACAGUGCCGAUGGCCCCCGGCUGCUCCUCUACUACAUCCUGGGCAGCCUGGUAGCCAUCCUGCUGCUGCUGGCCUUCGCCUUGGCCCUGCUGGCUUGCAAGAGGAGGGCAGCCAAAAGGGAGAAGCGGCCAGCUAAAAAUGCAGCAGACAGCUACUGCUGGGUGCCCGAGCAGCCCGAGAGCCGUGGGGUGGGAGGAGAGCGCAGGUAACAGCACCCUGGGGAGCUGAGAGGGGGGAGGCAGAGUGAGGGCAGGGGGGAGGGUUGAAAUUCAAAGUUAAAAAUGAAGGGGAGGGUGUGAUGCUGUCUGGUCAGCACGGGUUAGGGCAUCCGAGAGCCUGUCCUGGGGCUCCUUGCAGAGCAGGAGCUGAUCUCCCCCCCCAAAGGAAGGUCUGGGUGCUGGGGCAGGGGGAAGGCAGCCCCAAGCAGUGCUGGGGUUUGUAAACCGUGCAGGGAAGGGUUAACGGGGACAGCGCUGCCAGCCUGGGACGCCUUGGGCUUGAAUUUACCAGCCAGGGCUGCUCCUCAGCUCUGCAGGACCUCACUCUGCUUAAAAAGAGCAAAUUACAAUUAUUGAUCUGUCUUCCUGAAGGAAAUGGGUUCAUUUCAUCUCUUAUUCCCUCUCCUCUCCCCGCGUUUGAGAUGCCCACAUGGGACAGCAGCAGCUCCCCUGCCCUGUCCCCGCAGCCCCCCAGUCCUUUGCCCUCAGCCAGCCCUCGGGUUUGCUGAAAUGGG